AAACAAUAGCACAAUCAAUCGUAAAUACCUGAAACCUCUAAGAAGAGAUUGCACCAGACCAGCCUCAUUUGAUUGCACCGCCCGCUAAUUUGAUGCACAGGCUGCGUUUGUUGGGUUCCUAACCAUCAGCAGGAGCAGAGGUGUCAUGUCAGAGUCAGAGACGCACAACUAUCAUCGACACUUAGGACAUUUUAGAACAACAAGCUCCAAGAUCACACAGAGCAUGCAAGACGCUGAAUUUCAACUGUUGGCUUAACACUCCAUCAACCAAACUGUGGAUUGGUGCCUUUCAGCCACCAGGAUCUGCGACAACUACCGGUAGAUGUGUUUGAUACAUUGGAAGGAGAAGAGACUCAAGAAAUGCAAUCAAGUCAAAGACCUUUUUUGGGAGCACUUGGAACAAAGCCCACCAGGCAUCGUGUGGACAUUUGGAGCCCACCAUGCUCCAAAGUCGUGUGAGCCAGAUGGACCUGACCUGGCAUCAAACUUGAUUUGCAAUGGUUGGGCUGGAAUUCUGGUGGAAGGACACCCUUCACGUCGAGCAGUGCUUCAGAAUCUCUUCGGGCAUCGUCAUGAGUUGGUGAUCUUGUCACAACUGGCAAUGAGGGAUACCGUUGGAAGCGUUUUGGAGGAUGCCACCUGGAACAAUCCACAGCUCAGGAAUCAGGAGGUGGAUUUGCUGCAAAUCACAUUUGGAGCCAAUGAUUGCGAGAUCAUCCGUGGCAUUUUGGAACGGGGCUUCCGACCACGCUUUGUGCGUGCAAUUUUUUGGCAUCCUGUACCUCCCCCACUGGUUUAUCAGCCUCGUGUGCAUCGGCUUUUGGGAGACUGGUAUGAGGAUGCUUUUGAGGCAACAGGGGAAGGCUGCUCGCUGCAAGCAGUGGCAGAUUCAUUGACUGAUCACUACAUGUUUUGGGACUUUGAUGGUCGCGAUUGCGAGAAGGCCAACUUUGUGCGCAAGGACUUGAUGGACCUGUUGCCGACAGACCAAAUUUUCAAUGAAGCAGAGUUGGAUCUCCAAGCUCGUUGGGCUGCAAGGUUCAACAACACGGCGUGUUUCCUCAACAAUCAUGUGUUUGACACCUUGAUGGUGGACCCGCGGUUGAUGCAGGAUCCUGACGCUACGCCCUCAGAGAAGCGCUUGCUGUGGGAGCUUCACUUGAAGACGGUCCAAAGAACGGAUCAACUCUGGAUCAAAAAAGCAAGCGAUUGCUGGUGCAUGCUAGUGGAGGAACAUGGACAGCAGCACGGAAACUGUUGUAAGUUGCGUAACUAUUGAUUGGCCUUAUAUAAGCGUUUUUUGGACCUUACGUUGUGGUGGUGAUUGCUCGUACUUGUAAC